CGCAACCCUUCGUGUUCCCAAUAUCUCUUUAUGUCGCACAGACAGGCUGCUGCUUCACAAUCCAGAGUCCAAGACGUGGGACUGGAGUGCAGCUGCUCAGUGCUCGCGCGAGAACCCGCCUGCCUUCCUUCUUUUUCGUCCCUCUGGCUGGUUUGGUGGUUGAGAUUUGUAAUUCGUCCUUAUUAUUUCCAAUAGGAGCUUUUAUAUCUCAGGACAGGAAAAAGCUCACGUUUUCAUUCUAUUGGUAGAUCUGUGGUUUUGCUCUCCAAUUAAUGCCACGCGGUUUUAUUUUUUAGUCUAUCUAUAAGUUUAGGGUAGAUGUUGGUGUACUGCUUUGAUGGGUUGAACUAUAGGCCUUUGAUGCUUUAAUGUCUCUUCCUGGGUGGCUUUGGCUCUGCAACAUCUUGUUCUACUUUUUUGGUAUUCUCCAACCUGACUCUUUUUCUGUCUACUCGCUGCAGGUCAAUUUGUCAAAGAUAUAUGUAAAUAAAUAACAGGUCAAAAAGAUUUAGACAUUUAUAUCAAUCGGCGCAUUUAUGAACCUAAUGUAUUAAAUUGUAAUGUUGACAUCCACUAAUUCUGCUUAUAAAUCUUUUUCAUCGCUUUUUACACUUGUAAAGCAAACUUACGUUAUACGCCUAUAUAUAUAGAUGAGGCACUGUACACAAUAAAACAUACAUUUCUCUUUAUUUCAGUUCAAGUUAGCGUUCUUUUUCUUCUUCUCCCGCUGUUCGGUUCACACUUAACUGUAAGUUUAUCUUCUUCAUGAUAUUCCUACUGUAAGACAAGUUUGUAGGUUGCUUCUCCGCUCUAGUAACCAAAGUUUCGUUUUCUUAAGCUAUGUUAUUUCGCUAUGUAUAUUUUUUUAUUGCUUUUGUUUAUUAAAAAUUAACGUAUUUUGUAAGAUAUUACAGUACAAGUUUCACAAUGAACCUGUUGAAGUCUCCGAUUUCUAUAAGACUCAACAAAGAUCCUAACUCAGACAAAGUGUUUUUUGCUGAGGUUGAAGAAGAUUUUAUACAGUUUUUAGCCAAAUAUAUUGAUAUGGCAGUAAGUCAAGUUUCUUAUGUCUUAUCAUCGGGUAGAGGGGGUUGCAAUUUAGAAAACCUUAUUAGUUCUUUAAAGCUUAUUAGAACUGCAUCCUCAGGCAGUUACCCCGGGCCUGAUAGAACUCCUGAUAGAACUGAUUUAAGUUCUUUAAGGUUUAUUAAAACUGCAUCCCCUGGCAGUUACCCCGGGCUUGAUAUAACUGGUUUAAGAGGACUCUUUUUACCCUCUUCCUCUAGUUAUCCUGUUUUAAUUGAAGGAAGUAGCAUGAAGACAACAUCGGUCUUUCCUGCUUUAAUGGAAGAAAAGAGUCAGAAGACCCCACUGGGCGUUCCUACUUCAAAAAGAUUUAUUUUAUUUUAAGUUAAUGUAUUUAAUUGUUAAUAUAUCAUACGGCGCAUUUAAAAUAUAAUCCUAAUCUUCCAUUGUAUCCUUCAAAGAAAAAUCUUAGGCUUUAAUUUCAACUAUUUUAUUAACAUCAAAAUGAGUGUUUUAAUUAAAAUUGUUUUUAAAUUUAGAUAGCACUAAAGUGGCAACUGGCAUUUCCGAUUUAUGGCCAUCUACAGUAAUAGUUUUUCCGAUUUUGGUUACGGCAAUGAAAUUGAAUCCACACCUCUCCUCCUCCUUCGCGGAUUGGUAGGUAGCACUAAUUAUAAUUGAAAAAGUAUUCUUCUCCUCUUAUAUGACAGGUUCUCUUCUCCAAAGCACCUCACCAGGCCCAGCCCGCCGGACCUUCUUGUAUCCAGCCUGGUGGCCGGCCUAAACCCACCCACCCAGCUCACCGUCCUGCUUGCAUCUCAUCUGGUCGUGAAGUUUUUCUUUUCGAAAGCACCUCACUUCACCGAAAGCCUCCCUCCAGCCCGCCGGACCUUCUUGCUUCUCUCCUGGUGGACGGCCUGAACCCACCCAUCCAGCUCACCGACCGCCUUGCAUCUGGUCGUGAAGCUACAGCCGUACCAAACGCACCAUUCAUCUUCCUCAAAUUGGUGUGUUUCAUCCUUCACACAUGGCACGCGUUGUCAAAUCACAAACUAUCCGGAUGUUCUUCACCCUCAAGCAGUUUCGUAGAUAUUACAACACAAGUUGGACACUGGAGCAAGAGAACUCAAGAAUGAUUAUAAAGCUCUUUAUGAACACUGAAUUGAACAAAGUGUUUUUUGCUUAUGUUGGAUCAGACUUCGUGUUGUUUUUGGUCAAGCUUUUAUGUACCUCAUCAAGCCAUUCUUCUGAUCUCAUAUCACCGGAAAUUCCAAUAUGCUCUAUAGGAAACCUUCACAAUAGCUUAAAAGAAAUUAAAAAAAUCUUCGGAAACAGCCCUCUUCAGCCUGAUAUUUCUAAACAAAAAAGUAUCAUUUCUUCCUCUCCUUCUCCAUUUCCUAUGUUGGUUGUAAAAAAUGAGAAGACCAUCGGUGUGAGAUAUUUGAUUACGGAUGAUUUAAAAGUAAUGCUAUUACGUGAACAAUAUGUUCUUGAUCACCUACCUGAGAACAGACGUGUGGAGGUGGUGGACGUUGAAUUUGGUCAAGAAGAGGCAGUCGUCUUUAUGAAUGCUAUGUUGAAAUCAACGACGGUGCUUACUGAUACUUUUGCUUCUGCUGCCCUAAAGAAAAAGGCUAAAGAGAUGGAUGCUGAAGCAACCCUCAGUUCGUAGAUCACUAGUUAAUUUUCUUUUAAUUAGGGGCUCUUCUGUGCUUCCCAUUUCUUCCUUUUUUUUGUUAAGUUACUUUCAAUGUAAGUACAAGAUAGCGUUGCUUGUAAUGUUUUUGGAUGACAUUUAUUGCUAAGUUGUCCUCCUCUAUGAUGCCAUUUUAUUGGA